AUGCUUUUCAACGUUUUUUCUUUUUCACACUUUAUUAUCUUCUUUAUCGUUAUCGUCUGUGCACAAGCGAGCUGGUUUUACCCCGAGUUCAUGCCCAACAUCACGCAAGAAACACUCCGCAAGCGCGCGGAAUUUGUUCGCACAGGUGGCCGUGGCUCCAUCCGCCGCACCGUCAAGGCGGCACACCGCAACACAGGCGACGAGAAGAAGGUGCAGUCGGUGCUGAAGCGCCUCGGAGUCACCCCGUUCAAUGAGAUUGACGAGGCAAUAUUCUACCGCCAGGACGGCUCCGUCUACUACUUCGACAAGCCAAAGGUGCAGGCCUCCAUGCAGUCUCACUGCUUCGUCGUGUCCGGCCCCUACGACGUGAAGGAGGCGAGCGAAAUCGCUCAGUAG